AGGUGGUUGUGGCUUUACCGCCAAGGGCUUCGGCGGCGGCAUGGCGAUGGGAGGCAAGGGCUGUGGCAUGGGGGGCGGUGUGCAGACGAUCAAGAGGAUGCUGAUGGCGGCGAACACCCUUCCUGGAGGCCGGUGGACGAACAACGACAAGACGGUGGUGAUCAAAGGCCUUCCGGAUGACACCAGCGACAAGGACCUGUAUGACAUUUUCUCCCCCUUCGGCGCCAUCCACAGCGAGGGCGUGCGGGCGCUGCACUGGGAGGACGGCCGCUGCAAGGGCACCGCCUUCGUCAACUUCAUCGAGCUGGACGGGGCGAUCAAGGCCUGCGCGACGCUGAACAACUUCCUCAUGCCGACCGGAACGCAGCUGAAAGUUUACCGCCAGGACAUGGACGGCUCCGACGGUUUCAACAAGAAGUCGGGGGACUGGAAUUGCCCCGCGUGCGGAGACCUCCAGUUCGCAAGGAACACUCAGUGCAGGAAGUGCGGCACCCCGAACCCGAACCCAGAGGCGGCCGCCGCGGCGGCGGCGCCAGACAUGAAGCCCGGUGACUGGGUGUGCCCCAGCUGCAGCGACGUCCAG